AUGACAUCACAGGCCAUUGAACUGGCAGCCUUAGGAAGACCUCUGUUUCCUGAUGUUGAAUCCAGUAAACCUUCUGUAGCAACAAUUUAUAACCUGCAUCACCCUCCUCAUACUGUGAAGAAAACAGCUGAGAAAAUUGCCUGCACAUUUCAUGGUGAUUUCUAUCUUCAGCAGAACCCCACCACAUACAUGGAGGCGCUGGAGUUGUACAAGAAGCUGCCCACUCUGCUAAGGGACAAUCCACAGAAUGUGGUUCCAAUCAAAGUCUGGCUCUAUCCUCUUCAUCUUUUGGAUUCAAAAGCAGCUCAGUUGAAGAGAGAUAUAUCCACAAGUGCACUUUCCAAAACUGUAGAAAUAAUGGAGAGGCUGGAUGAGGCAGAGAGGACAUGCAACGAUCUGUUCAGAGUUUCAUUGGUAAAUGUUUUCAGUGACAUCAAAGUGAAGCUGCGCUCAUUUCAAGGCUCAUUCAACAUUUACAAGGCACAGCUAGUGAAAGCAGUGGGCAGAGUCUUGCCUGCUUUUCGAGGAGGUAGUAUGACAGAAAACACAUUAAAUGACAUCCUGAAAAUUCACAGGAGCUCCCCUUUUAAUGCAGACAAGUUAGACCUGUGGUUAAAUGAUGCAAAUACUGAACUCCAUCUCUUGAGUUCUUCCAUCAAGACGUUGAAGGAGAUCACAAUUGUAGACUCAGACCAUAUCAACUCUAUCCUCAUUAAUCCUGAUAUUGAUGUUGUGGUAUGCUUGACCUUCACCUCUCUGCAAUACGAAGACCCUUAUCUUUCAGCCCUGGAGAAGUUUCUUGAAUCUGACACAUUUACAGAGCAAGAUAAGAAAAACACAGUUUCUGUACCAUUUGUCAGAAAGUGGUUCGAUGAUCCCGAUGUUAUCACAAAGAUGAAAGAGGACAUAUCUCGCUUCAGAAGUUUUUCAGAGGCCAAUAAAGAUGAAAAAAGAAUACACUUCAUUAUUUCUGCAAUCUCUGAUUCCUCCAGUCCAGGCUCCUCUAUCUUUUUGUAUGAAAAAGGGAAACUGACUGACACGAAAUUCCAGCUUGUUUCCAAGCCGCCUCCACCAAUACUGAAGGAUGUCAUCUCCCAAGGUGUGUCCCUGAAACUGCAGAAGUCCCCGACUGGUGAAAAAACAGUGCAGUACAGAGUAGAGUACAAGGAGGUAACAGCAGGUUCUAGCGAGGAGGAACAGUGGCUUGUUGUAGACACAGCUGAUGAAGACUUUACUCUGACCGGAUUGUUGUUUGAAAAGCCUUACACAAUCCGGUACAGGAUAGUGGAUCAAGUGGGAGUGAGUGAAGCCAGUGAUGCUGUCAGCUGUAGACCUUCUCAUGAUCUACCUCAGAUUGUGGGUGGGGAUGGUGGUUUUGCAUCCAGCUUUGUGACUCCUUCCAUUAGCACCAUUAAGAAGAUCAGAAUUUACUAUCAAGAGAUCGCCGGGGAGAUUACCUGGUUCAAAUCAAUCCAGGUGACUUUCAGCGCCGGCCACAUAUUCACAAUUGGUGACUAUUUAAAAUGGAAAGUAAAAGAAUUUCUAUUUGACAAUGAUGAUAAAAUUGUCAAUGUGACAUUGUGGCCAAAUACGUAUAGCGACAGAUUCCGUGGGUUGGAAUUUGUGGUUGAAAAAAGCAACGGUACAAGAACAACAUUUUCCAUCAAGUGUAAAGAAGUGGGCGACCCUGUGAGUGUUGAUGUGAAGUCUGGAAAGUGUUAUGGCAUUACAGCGAGGUCCGGAAGUGAAAUUGAUUCUCUGGGCUUUUACUUUUUUUAGAUGACUUAAACUACAUAUACUGUAUAUUGUUAUUGACAGUAUCCAACUAUCAGAUAUUCUAAACAUGUACUAAAGUGAAUACAUGUAUCAGCUUCUAUGAAUAAAAUCACAAGGUUUCAAAA